AUUGGACUUAUAUUUUAUCAUAAUUGCUAAGAAUUUUGGAACAGUAUGAGAAUGCAUUCGUAAAUUAGAGGUAAAACUGUCUCCAAUUUCACGUAAAAAGUGGGUGGGGUAAUGUAAACAAAAAUCAGUUGACUUACCAUAAAUUAUCACCGAUUUUAUUUUAAAGGUAGGAAACAAUGUAUAAUAACUGACUUAAUUUUUGGUUAAUAUUUAUCUUACUGCAUUGUUCAUUAAUUAGGUUUAUUAAAUUCAAAAAAGUGUGAUAAAUAUGGUAAACAAUAGGCCUACCGUGGGUGUUAUUUGUAACUGUUAAUAAUACAUUUGUCACUCAAAUUAUACUAACUAACUAAUUUAUUUAACUUAAUUUGCAGGUACUAUGGGUUGUGAUGAUUAUUGCUGUGUGCCUUUGUGCAACCAUAAGAGAAGCCGUGAUAGUCCAUGUCAAACUUUCUACACAAUACCCACAGAACCUAAGUGGCUAUAUGAACAGUGGCAAGCACGCAUUAAAAGGUAUUACAAAGAUGAAACGGGCAAACUCAGAAAGUGGGAAGCAACAGAUAACCAUCGUAUUUGUGACUGCCAUUUUACGGAGGAGGAAAAAUCUACAAUUUUACAUCCUAAAUGUCGUAAGCCUGGAAGAAAACUUGUUUUGCCAUCAAUAUUUCCUAACAGAUUGACAAGCACAAAAAAGCAGAGAACCACCUCAAAGGCGACCAACAGAGAAUAUACUCCUCCCAUGUCAAAAAGUAAACCAAGAAAACUGUAUUUUGCAACUCCAUUACGGUGCGAAAAUAAUGACUUGAGCGACAUUCCAACAGAUGAACAAUUAAGAGUUGAUGAGGUUGAAAAUGAAGACUUCGAGAUACUAAGUCAAUCAAGAGAAAGCGAAGAGGAAGAAAGCGUAGAGCAGGAGAUGUGGGUUCCUCAUGGCCAUGAUUAUGUGAAGACACAGACAGAUGAGUCAUCUUUUGAGCUCCUUGAAAAAGAACCGAGUUUGAAGUAUGUAUUAGAAACCGCCAAAGUGAAUGAAGAUCUAGCAGAUAAAUUUACAGUAGUGAAUGAAAAUUGUCAGGUUCUCUCCCUGGAUAAUGCCAAGACAAAUCCAAAGAUAUUUAAAUACUAUACAGGCUUUUCAUCAUAUGAAGUUUUUGAAGCUUUAUAUAAAUACUUAGAGCCUAAGGCUUCUUUUAUGAAGUACCCAUAUGGAGAAAGAACGCUUUCACAUUCUCAUUUCCACACUAAAUUCUCUAAAAAGCCUGGUGUAACUCGCAAAUUCAGUUUAAGAGAGGAAAUGUUUAUGACUCUAGUCCGUUUACGAGUAGGUGUGCCAGUUGCAGACAUGGCAACUAGAUAUGGUAUUGCUGAGUCAACAUACUCUAGCAUUUUCACCGCGUGGAUAUGUUUACUGGCAAUAGAACUGGAAAAAAUCUGCAAAGUACAAAAUGAAUGUGACAACCCAACUGAAAAAGCCGAGUGUUUUUCUGAAUUUCAGAAUUUGAAAAUAAUUCUAGAUUGUACUGAACUGUUUGCAGAAACGCCUUCUUCAUUGGCAGCACAUAAACAAGUUUUUUCUAAUUACAAACAUCAUAGUACUAUGAAAUUUCUAGUGGGCAUGAACACAAGUGGAGCAAUAACAUACAUAUCGGAAAUGUAUGGAGGACAUUCUUCUGACAAAUAUAUUACUAGUGAAAGUGUUGAUUUACUGGGUGCCCUUAACCCUGGAGAAAAGGUGAUGGUUGACAGAGGAUUUACAGUGUCAGAAAACUUACCGCCUGGUGUGAAUUUGAUUAUGCCUUCAUUUAAGCACAAAAAUAAAUCGCAAAUUUCACAAAGAAAGGAAGUCAAACGAAACAAAAAAAUCUUCUGA